UUUCAUAAAUUAAUUGCGUUUUUCUGUAAUUUAUUGUUGCAUUAAAAAUUAAGUACUAUAUACGGGUGUUACAUAUAUACGUACAUGUGUGUAAGUAAGUACGUAUAUAUGCAUAUUGCAGAGUCAAAUAGGAUUAAAGAAAAUAGAAAAUGGCGUGAUACCGCGAGGACAGCUGUUAUUUAUCGGAGAAAUAAAACAGAAGUAAUUUGGUUUAAUUCAAGUGAAUUUGUGAAAUUUUACAUAUAUACGAAUUUCUUCAUAAAGAGAUUUGAAAGCGAAUAAUAUUUAGUGAAUCAUAAAAGUUGAAAAUAUAGUAACCACUCAAAUUAAAUGAUAAAAAUGUAUAGAAUGAUGGCAGUGAUAAUGUUGGUGGAAGUGAUUGUGUGAACAUUGAAGGAGACUAGUUAUAGGAAUUUAUAUAUAUUAGGAAUAUUGGUCUGAUUCGUUUUAUUAUGUGUAAUUGACGAUCAUUAAUAAUAAUGACCUGCAAUUAAAUUUUUCUAAGAGAAUUUCUCCAUAGAGAAGAAAAUUUAGAGAAAAGAAAUAAAGCGAAACAUACGAAGAAAGAAAUAAGUUAAAGUUGUGGUCAAAAGUUCAUGUAAUUCUUAUUUCUCGAAUGUCUAAAAAUAAGAAUAAAAUAUUUAAAGAAGCAACACAAUUCCAUAAAUUGUAAUUUUACUUCGAUGUAUCUACAUAUAUGUUGGAUAUUUCGUAUAUAAAGUUUUUAACGACUCGGAGGACUUACUUCCAUGCAUUUUCUCAACGAUUAUUUAAUUACAUUUUCGAAGUAUUGGAUAUUUCUCUACAAUUAAAAGAUGACCAAAUAUCAUCCAAUAUCACAAGUCUCCAGUGAUAAUCAUCGUUUUUACCACUGUUCUUACGAGGGAUCAACAUGAACGCCAGAACUCAGUUAUUUGAAUUAAGUAUGGAGGGCAGACAAGUGGAUGAAGCGGUAGCAAGUAUAUUUCAUAGUGUUCUUUUCCAUCGAAGUCUUGGUAAAUUUAAGUACAAGCAAGAAGGUAGUUACUCAGUGGGUACUGUUGGAUAUCAGGAUGUUGACUGCGACUUCAUUGAUUUUACUUACGUCUGUUGUUCAUCGGUACAUUUGGAUCAAACUUUGAAACGUGAAAUAUCAGGUUUUUCUGAAGCUUUGCGUUCUACUGAUAGCCCAGGUUCUGGCCAAAUAUCCCUGGAAUUCUUUCAGAAGAAGAAAAAUCGCUGGCCUUUUCAACCAGAAUGUAUACCAUGGGAAGUAUGGACAGUACGCUUAGAGCUUAUUAAACUAGCAACAGAACACGAACGACAGAUAUGUAGAGAAAAAGUUGGAGAUUUAUUAACAGAUAAGAUUCUUUAUAUAACAGAAGUAAUGAAUCGACAUGACUAUUUACCUAAAAUGCCAAAUCAAGCUGAACUGGAUUUGAUCUUUGACACAUCGUACCCUGAUAUACAACCUUAUCUGUUUAAAUUAUCAUUUACCACUUCUGGCCCAUCAAGUACAACAAUGGGUAAUACAAUGAAAAAAUUGAUCAAAGAGACAUUAUCCAUUUAGUUGUUUAUUAGUUCUCAUAAGAAUAUUUUUAGUGUAAUGUAUAUAUAAUCCAAAUUCAUUCUUGGAUAAAUUAACAUUAUGAACUUUCCUUCAUUAACAAAAGAAUUCUGUUUAUCAUAUGAAAUCAUUUGUAUUCAAAUUUACUCCAAUCAUACCUUACUCAUACUCUUUUAGUUUCUUUUACUUGUAGUUUAUAAACAUUUGCCACAUUACAUGUUUUUAUAUGUAUUGACUUGCGUAGAGGAUUGAAACCUAGAAGGAUAAAUAGAGUUAAUUGUAUGCAAUAUUUGAAAUAAAGUGGGAUAAAGAGAUCAAUCCCAUACAUCAAAAUGCCAUUUCUGACCGAUGUCUACGCAAAUUCUGUGCCGACAAUAUUUGUCAGAAAGAAAACGAAAAAAAAAAAAAAUAUAUAUAUAUAUAUAUAUUACAAUUGUAUAAACUUAAAAUAUUUGUAAAAUUUCUAUAGUACAAAGGAACCAAUUGUGUAUAGCAGUUACUUUUUUGCGUAUACAUAUAUUAUUCCAUGAAUAUCGUCCAUUGCAUAAGUCUUCUAGGUAAUCAGUUAUAGAUUAAAUAUGAAAUAUUUACUUUUCAUUAUUUUAAAUUUGGAUUUAUUGAGAUGUGGAUAUUGUUAAUAGGCGAAUAAUGACAUCUUAUUAAUAGAGAAAACAUUUUUUGUUUUAUUUUUCUCUGAAAAUACAUGACGAUUGUAAGAAAGUAAAACAGUGUAUGUGUUUAUUUAGCAAAAUUUAAAGGUAAUAAAUUUGUUCUAAUAUAUAAAGCUGUUAUUUCUCUCUCUCUCUCUCUCUCUCUCUCUCGCUCUCGCUCUCGCUCUCUUUCUCUCUCACUCUUUUUUUCUAUGUUUGAAAAAUCUCGUGCACAUAUUUAAUGUUUAAUAUAUGACUGAAACCUAGACUUACUAUUGUGAAUAAACAUAUAGUACAAGUGCUUGUCUCUACAUUUGUUAUUCACAUAUUAAUGUAAAUGUGAAAAUAUGUAGUAUGUAUAUGUGAUUGAAAAAUAGACUUUAAGUAAAUUUUUA